UGCACUUAAAGUCAUCUGGUCACUCAGAGCUGUAAGUAUCAGCAGGAUAUUGCAGCGGAAGGACUCCUGAGUGCUUGGUGCGUCAUUUAGCCCAAGGUCAUGACGCUGUUCUUCCUUACAACAGGCCCAGUGAAGAGGGCGAGGGGAUAGUUUGUGUCACUUUGUGUUUGGCCUGUGGAGGACUUGCAGGAAAUGACAGGACAUCUUGGUAUCUCUGAUUAUAACACGUUGGAACACAGCUGGAUAAGACCAAUUAAUACAAGAAAAAAAGGCAACAGUUAAGCAGUUAGGGCAAGAACGGGAAGUGGGCCUUAAUUUAAAAAAAGCAAGUUUUAUAUGAGGGCAACAGAUCAGACAAGUUAUGCAAAAAUGAAAGAUAUGAGUCGCCGCCAAUGUUAGUAAAUUUCAAUUAAUGUUUUGAAUUGGUUAGACCGCAAAAAGUGGCAGGAUGAAGGUCGUGCUCGUCGCUGUUACCCGCAAACUAAAUGAAUAAAAACAGGUUGAUGCAUUGUAUUUUUAUGUUUCCAGAAAAGAAAAGCAAGUACUCAUCUGUCUUGAUCCCUGACAGACCAAUUAUAAUACAAAACAGAAGAAAACACACAAACAAAACAACAACACAGAAAGAAAGACCUUUUUUUGUAGCAGACUGACACACACUCUUCAAACACGAACCCAAGCAGACAGGCGCACAUAGCUGCUGCCAUUUGCAAACAGCAUCAGUGCGCGUAAGCACGCCGCGCAGGUUGGUAGGAGUGUUAAGGUGAGGGUGUAAUAGAGGCCAAGUGCUUUGGCAAACCAGCAACUUCGAUGAGCGACAAACGAGAGAAGGGCCUGGUAGACAGUGCGCCCAUUGGACUAUGCCUCCCCCAUCUCGGGAGGAAAGCAAAGGGGAGAGCGGACAGGCAGAGGACGCAGCAGUGGAGAGACGGACAGGCGGACGGCUCGUGUGCGCUCUGGAGAUGGAGAUGACAAACUACAAUCUACAAGGCGACUCCAAAGUGGAUUGUGUAGAUUGCGAUGGUUUGCUCAAUCGAAACGGCGGGAACUCGCCAAAGGUGUCCGUGCCGCUGUCACAGCGGGCAGCCCCUACGGACGGAGAAAACCUCUACAGACUGCGAGACAGAAAGUUUUUAUUAGAGCAUAAAAAGCGCCUUUGCGCGUUGGCUUUGGCCACCGCUGUGUUCGGGAUAGUGCUCAUGAUAAUCCACGCCGAGACAUGUUCCAUUGAUAAACCGGGCUCAAGAUUUGCCUUAAUCCUCAACUGUUCCAUCAGCCUGUCCACUGGGUGUCUCCUGGUCCUCAUUAUAGCUUUCCAUUAUAAAGACAUCAGGCUGUUCAUCAUUGACCACAACCAGGUGGACUGGCGUAUUGCCAUGACAAGCCAUAGGGUUCUUGUGAUCACGCUGGAGUUGUUAGUCUGUGUCAUCCAUCCUGUUGGCACAUACUGGGAGGUGGGCCUCCAUGUCAACUCCUCUUCCUCAGCGCUAUCCUGUGUUUCCAACUACAAUGGCGAGUCUCUGGUGGACAUGGAGCUGCUCUUAUCAAUGCUGAUGUUCCUCCGAUUGUACUUGGUGCACAGAACCAUCCUGUUGCACAGCAAAGUGCUCCUGAGCGCCUCCUACAGGAGCAUCGGCUCGCUCAACAACAUCAACUUCACCUUCCGCUUUGUUCUCAAGGUACUGAUGAACAAAUACCCGGGGCGCACGCUGCUGGUCUUCAUCCUCUUCUUCUGGCUCACUGCGUCCUGGAUGCUUACUCUGUGUGAGAGGAAGACCCAGGAAUCAACAGGCCGAAUGGACACAGCUCUGUGGCUCAUAAUCAUCACUUUCCUCACUGUGGGCUAUGGGGAUGUGUCACCCAAAAGCACCUGUGGCAAGGCGGUGUGUCUGUUCACUGGAGUCAUGGGUGUAGCCUGCACUGCCAUGCUGGUGGCUGUCGUUACCAAGAAGCUGGCGUUGAACAAAGGAGAGAAACAUGUGCACUUCUUCAUGUUGGACAUCCAGGUCUCUAAAAGGAUCCGCCACGCUGCUGCUAACGUGCUAAGGGAGUGCUGGCUCCUGCACCGCACAAACCUGACAAAGGGCAACGCCGGUGAGCACCGACGACACCAGAGAUGCCUUCUGGAAGCCAUCAGAGUAUUCCGGCAUUUACGUCUCAAACAAAGAAAAUUGAGAGAUUACGUCAGUGAGAUGGUUGACCUCCCUAAGAUGCAGAUGAUCAUGUGCGACCUCAGUGCCAACUGGAAUAACUCCUAUCGGGAGCUGGAGCAACGUAUUCUCUCCAUGGAGCAGAAGCUGGAUGAGCUGAGUCGCUGCUUCCAUCAAACGUCUGACCUGCUGGCUCAGGUCUUACGUCACCGCAAUCCGGAGAUCAGGUGACAUGGCUACAAACACUGAGUAAGUGUUUUCACCAACAGUACACAAGAAAAUGAGAUGGAAAUCCUCUCCACCCAGAGCUGCUCCAGACUCUUAACAUGCAAACCACUUGGAGGACUGGCAUGCCUUCUAUAGGUCUCAUCUUCUGGCCCCUGUGCAUAGUGCACUGCGCUAUGACUGACAGCUGUAAAAUUAUACAGAUAAAAUAAGACUUCCCUCUGGGAGAAUCACAGUGCAUUUGGAGAAAUCUGUGUUUUGAGCAGUUAUAUUUGUCAUGGGGGACAGAAAACUGCAUUAAUCUCAAACAGGGACUGUGGAGAGAGCCUUGUAACCCACGGUGUCACAGUGCCAGUCCAGGGCUCGCUACAUUAUGUGCCAUAUGUAAGAUUUCAUUGAUGGACUCUGUCACUGCCUUAUUCCUGUGGAAUAAGAUAUAUAUUAUUACAUUUUAAGUGUAUUUUAAACUUCUUGCAAUGUUUUUAGAAUUAGUCUUUUCAGUUGUAUAUAUAUAUAUAAAAAAAAACUUUAGCAGAUACUCUUUUCUCAUUAGCAGAUAGUUUAAUUGUUACCAAGUAGAUUAUUGUUUGUAAACAGGCUUACUGAAAAGAAUUGUGAAUGCAGUGUGUUUGGUUGCUCAAGAAGAAACUAAACUCAAUUCAAUUGUGGGAAGAAACAAUCUUCUUUAGAUGUGAAGAUGUGUCAACUGAAACACAAAUGAAAGUCUACAUUUAAGGUUGUAUUCAUCAGCUUACACCUGUUCUAAGUGUGAAGCUUAGGUGCAAGUUGCCUUGUAAACUCAGCUUUCAACAACCCAACAGCUCCAUCUAGUGCACAUGAAUUAAAUAAACUACAUAACAUUGAGGCCUGUUAACAUUGUGUAACAAUUAUAAUAAUGAUAAUAAUAAUAAUGAUAAUAAAAAGUCAUAUACUAUUUUCAAGCUGAAUCCCAGGACCUUUACAAAGUCUCACAGGAACAUAACAUUUGGACCAGCUGUAGUGAAAACAAAUCUGAAAAACACUCAAAAACACCCAUAGAAACCUCACUGUGAAAAAUGCACUUUGUGAGAAAAAUCAGCAAAACUGGACCAACUCUUUCUCUAGAGGAUAAACUGGAGUUUAUGUGUCUUUUAACUUAAUCCAACACUGAACAUUAUUCGUUGUCUGUCAGUUUGUAUUCUGGUGUGUUGUUAAAAGAACUUCUUGUUCUAACCCUGUUUACUUGUGUAUCAUUUGCACAUGGUGAAAACAUGUUAACCAUCCGGAACCUGCUUAUGAUUAAAAGCCAUUAAGAAUUAA